AACGAAACGCCACUUUUGUCGUAACUGACAGUUCAGUAUAAUUCUGUAUAACCUCCAACAACGAAGUGUAAUUUUGUGACGAUUAAAGUGCGUUUGCUAGUGAACGUUCUUAAUUUUUAAUAAAACAAUAAAUUAAUUUAUAUUAAAUAUUUGGUGCGUAUUGGAAAUGUAUUGAGUAAUCCUAGUGCUUCUAAUUUAAGGGGUGUGCGGUUAAUUAUCAUGUAAAUAUAUUCAGCUAAUUGAAUAUAACCAUUUGCCGAAGAAUAUGGUGGCGUGGAGAAAGUGUAGCAAUGGCGGUUCGCAUGCCUGAAAAUGGAAAGAAUUGCUUGGACAGUAUAAAUAGAAAUAAAUCCAAAAGCAUUAUAAUGUUUAAGUGUUGGGCCCUGAUAUCCGAAUUUAGACUAAAAGAAAGGUCACUGAGAUUAUUGUGAUAGGCGUCCGCAUAACAUAGGCCGGGGGGAUUUAGUACAGUCGCCGUGACGAGAAUAGAAAAUCGGCGCGUAAGUUUUUUAGGUUUAUAAAGGGUCACGUUCUAUGGGCGAUGCCAGACUUAACGCAAUAUUGUGAAAUUUUUUGGUGUUUUCGUUAAAAAAAAAAUAGCGUUAGCGAAUUUGUUUACAUACAAGAAUACUAAAAAUAGAAAUUUUGUAUAUUGAGAUUUAUGUAAGAGCUAUGUAGUUCGGCGCGUCCAAAUAUUACAUUAGUAAUUUUUUACUUAAAGUAAUAUUAACAACAAUAAAAAGAUUUUGUAAGUUUGUAAUUGUCAGUAGAAAAUCUCCGCUCGUUUUAAAAUAUAUAUGAAUUUAUAUAUAUGUAUAUCUGUGUAUAACGAGCUAAGCACAAUUCUACAUACCACGGAUCGCUGAAUUCGUUUAAUUGGCAACUCUAAUUACAAACUUUAGAUAUAUGACUAUUACAUAGCCCCAUAGCACCGGCAAAAUAAUUUGUGUACAAAUAGACCAAUGCUUAAACUUGAAUAUUACCAAACAUAUAUACAAUACAUCUGUGCGUGCUUGUAUUGAUUAUCAAAUUUUAGAUUGCAGAUCGAAAAUUGUAAACGAUGGCUACUAAAUCAAAACGCGCCGGAACAGCCACGCCCCAACCGCAGCCAGGUGGAACAUCAACACCAAUAAUUCCUGGUGGUAAUCGGUCUGCCAGCCCUUUAAGUCCUACGCGACAUUCGCGUCUACAAGAAAAGGCUGAGUUGCAGAAUCUUAAUGAUCGUUUGGCCUGCUACAUUGAUCGUGUACGUAAUUUGGAAAAUGAAAAUGCACGCCUCUCGAUUGAGGUGCAAACGACGCGUGACACUGUCACUCGUGAGGCUACCAAUAUUAAAUCGAUGUAUGAAAACGAAUUGAGUGAUGCGAGACGAUUACUGGAUGAAACUGCACGCGAAAAGGCUAAAUUGGAAAUCGAUACUAAGCGUUUGUGGGAUGAGAAUGAGGAGCUUAAGGCUAAAUUAGAUAAGAAAACAAAAGAUUGUACUUUCGCUGAAGGAAAUGCCCGCAUGUAUGAGUCACGCGCUGCUGAUUUGAGCAAUAAGUAUAGUGCCGCUAAUGCAGAUCGCAAAAAGGCUGUCGAUGAAUUGAAUGAGGCUAACAAAGAGCUGGAACGUUUGCGCAAACAAUUAGAGGAAGCCCGUAAACUCUUGGAAGAAGAGACAUUGGCGCGCGUCGAUCUCGAGAAUAAUGUACAAAGUCUACGUGAAGAGUUGACAUUCAAAGAUCAGAUACACAUACAGGAAAUUAAUGAAACACGCAGUCGCCGCCAGGUGGAAAUAAGCGAAAUUGACGGACGUUUGGUCGAACAAUACGAAGCCAAAUUGCAACAAUCGUUACAAGAAUUGCGUGAACAAUAUGAAGGUCAAAUGCGCGCUAAUCGUGAAGAGAUCGAGCUCUUGUACGAACAAAAAAUGAAGAAUCUACAAUCGGCAGCCAAUCGCAACUCGAAUGCUGCUGCAAACGCUAUCGAAGAAUUGCGCACAAUACGUACACGCAUCGAUGCGCUCAACUCACGCAUCGGCGAAUUAGAGUCGACCAAUGCUGCGCUAACGGCACGCAUACGCGAGCUAGAGCAAUUGCUGGAUCGCGAACGUGCACGUCACAAUGCGGAUAUAUCGAACUUGGAGGCGGAAUUACAACGCUUGCGCGAUGAAAUGGCACAACAAUUGCAGGAGUACCAAGAUUUAAUGGACAUUAAGGUUUCGCUAGAUUUGGAAAUUGCCGCUUACGACAAAUUGCUGUGUGGCGAAGAGUCACGUCUCAACAUCACACCACAUUCGUCCACUGCAUCCGGUUCGUUUAGUCAAAGUUUACGUGGCACACGUGCCACUCCCAUACGCAAGACACCAUCACGUGGCGCUUCAACGGUGCCGCUGAAAAGAAAACGCACCAUCGUCGAUGAGUCCGAGGAUCUGAGUCAAUCUGAAUAUUUUGUGACUGGUAGCGCCAAAGGCGAAAUUGAAAUUUCCGAAGUCGAUGCGGAGGGUAAAUACGUGAAAUUGCACAAUAAAGGUAAUAAGGAGAUACAAAUCGGCGGUUGGCAACUGAUACGUACCGCCGGCAGUAAUGAAACCGCUUUCAAGUUUCAUCGUACCGUCAAAGUGGAAGCCGGUGCCGUGAUAACUGUAUGGUCUUCCGAUGCUGGCGCGUCGCACGAACCACCAGCAAAUAUUGUGAUGAAAACACAAAAAUGGUUCGUGGGCGACAAUAUGAAGACAUCACUCUUCAAUGGUGAGGGUGAGGAAGUGGCCGGUUCAGAACGUGUAAAACGCACAAUUGUGAAGCACGCAUCGCGUCAUCGCUCCUAUGGCAGCCGUUUGGGCGUAUCAACAGUAGAUGGUGUCGGCAAUGAAGAACUAUAUCAUCAGCAAGGCGAUCCGCAGCAGGGAGAUGAAAAGUGUCGUUUAAUGUAAACAUGUAGGUGUGCAGAACAAAUUAACUCCUAAUAUAUAAAAUUACUACAAAAGAUUACUAUAUAUAUAUAUAUUUUUAAUGUUCUUUAACUGGUUGAAAAACAUUUCAAAAGUAAAAGCUUGAAGCGAGCGCAGACCAAGAAUUUCACAAAACAACAAUAAUAACAAUCACAGCAAUGUCUAACCCAAAAACUCCUGCAGCAGGGUACACAAGUACAUUCAUAUACAAUUAAAUUCGCACACACACACUUCCAUACAUGCAGUCACGCGUGUCAUUUGUGCUGACGCUAUAAACAUUUCACUGCUUGCCAUCAUUCUUAUGUUUGGAAUUUUCAAAUGUAGCUGACGUUUCUUAAUUUCUCUCAUAACUACAUACAUAUAUUACUAUUUGUUUUUUACAUUAUGCUAUAGUGUCGCCAGCAUCUAGGUCCUAGUUUAAUUGCACUAAUUAUAAUACAUUUUUUUUUUUUUAUAUACAUACAUACAUAUAUCUGAAUGACAGUUAAGUAUUGUGGCACUAAUUCUAAACAAUUAAAGGCUUGAAAAAGACAACAACAAAAACAUGCACUGUGUUUUAAGAGAAAGCAAAAACAUUUUUAUAUUUUCCAUAUCUGUUAUGUGUGUGUGUGUGUAUUAGCGUUCACAAUAAUUCGAACUGAAUCAUAACAUCAAUCAAAGAGUACAAGGAAAGCGCACAUGCUUUUCUGCCAUAAUUACUAACAGUAUAAAUUUAGUUUUUUUCUUGCUUUAAAAAUGUACAAAUUUAUGGUUAUAGUUUCUGGUAAUUUGGAACUUUGAGGUACAAAUAAAAAUAGACACACAAAACAAAAAAAGACUCGAAAAUUUCGCAACUAACAGUGUAAUACACGUUUCUUUUUUUUGAUGAAAGAGACAAAAAAAAUAAGUGCACAUUUUUAUUAUAAAAAUCUAGAAGAAAAUUUUGAAAGAUAUAUUAUAUUUGUAGGUUGAAAUGGUAAAAAAAAAUACAAUAAGGCGGAAGCUAAAAGAAAUAUUUUAAUGGCGUCUUAUAUGUGUAGCAUUUGUGAAAUUUAUAGCGCUUAAGCUACUUUUCCGGACUUUGUUGCUAUGCAUAUUAGUCAACAUUGACUUAGAAGAAAACAUAACUAUUUUUA